AGAUCAUUGCGUUUCCUUCUGUAAAGUCCGGCUGUCCGGUGUUUUUUAGCGGGGAUUUGCUUCUUCGCUUUUUAUCUUCUGUGGUAGCGGUUUUACUUAUUACUCAACUUGUGUAAAGUGAUGAAUAACAGGAGAGUCCUGAUGGAGCGCUCGCUAGAACGCUCGGCCCAGCUGAGUUUGGAAGUGCUGGAGCGGGCACAGCGGAGGAGUGUCAGAUGGCCGGCGCGCGGACCUUCGGAGGGUCCGAAAGUACACGCGGCUAAGCUAAGAGCAACAAGGGACACGUGCGAACACUACAAGGAAAAUGUUUCUCAGAAAGUUGAUGAUGCCUUUGAUACGAUUUUGAAUUUAAUGGCCAAUGCAAGCAAACAAUGCAAGACCUAUUACAGAUCUGUCCCGGAGUGUUAUUACAAUAAAUAUGAAGCCAAUCACCUAUGUCGCUACCAUUCAGAGAACUGUGGUCCUGCUUCAUCUAAAUCUGAUGUUUUCCUCAAAAAGCGACCACCAGAAGAUUUGUGCUUUGAAGUGGCUCCGGGUACCUACAGUAUCACAGCUUGUCCUGCCAAUGCUGAAAAACAGACAAGGGUUGUCAGAAUCGACGCAGGGGAGAGCGUAGACAUUUCUUUCUCUGUUUAAAAUACUGUUUUAGUAUGGCUUAAGUGGGUCUGUGGCAAUUAAUAAUUACUUUCUUUAAUUAUUUCACUGUCUGUAAUAAAUUUCUUUUUGCACCUGAUCAGUAUUAAUUGUGCAGAAAUUAUUUGCAAAAUUGUGUUUGUGAAUUUUUGUUAAGUUUAAAAGUCUUUUUUAUGUAUGUGCAAUAAAUGUAUUUUAUGCAAUUUUAUUUGUGCCAUUGUGCAGGAAAUCUUCUACUGUAAAUACUUCCUGACAGUAUGUUGCUUCUUAUGCACUCUGUGUCAAAAUAAUUAAUUCAUUUUGAUUCAUGUUAAUCUAAAUUGACAAUUAGUAUUUUUGUUUGUGUAAAACAUGAAAAUGUAUUUUUUUACAAAACUGUUUUCAAACUUUUAUGCAGCAAUAUUGAUUUAUUUUAAUAAAUUACAAUUUUUUCUUAAAAUAUUUGUGUUAUUUAAAAAACACUAUUUUGUAAGUCCAAGGAUUGGAGUGUUGGAUACAUUGUGAGACCCUGUGAACUGGAUGUUAUGGUUGCAUCUUUGAACACUUCAGUGUAGAAAAGCAGCUGAUCAGUGAAACUCGUGCUGCUGGUUUACAGUAAGCACAGCUGAAAUCUUUCUUUUUAAAUUAAUAUCUUAUUGGUUUCUUUCUUUCCAUUAUUGGUAAUCCAAUCAGAAUGUAUGUAUAGCACCAUUUCCUACCAAACACAAUUUCUCUUCAGUAAAGUAGGAGUAUUGUGAUGUUUUUAUCAAUAUGUUUUGUGUUUUAUGUUUUUUGCCAGUGAUCGGGUUACUGUUCUUUAUUAGUUAACAUACUAAGAACAUAGAAAAGCAAGGUUAAGCAGCUGUUCAUAAUGGGCAUAGAAAAUUAAUGUUUAAAUAAAUAAUUUCAUUAGUCUGAAGCUCAAUAAGUAUAAAUCUAACCGCAGAAUAACAGGAUAGGCCUUUGAAACUCUUUUAUUACCCUGUUGUUACCCCAGAAGAGAUUCCUCUUUCUUAAGGCCUUUUCUUCUAAAGCUUACAGGCUCAUUUCUGCUGAAUUAUUGAAAGGGACGCAGUGAAGAAUUCAACUUCUACCACAUGUUCCAAAGGACUUUUGUGAUACAGGGAGCAUUUUUUGUGAUAUACUGUAAAGCAAAAAUCAUUCAAAGAAAAAUUACAGUAAUGUUAUCAAAUAUACUAUACAAUAUAUCUUGCAGUGAACAGUAAGUUUCCUAAGUCAGAAUGAAGUUCUAGUAAUUAAAUAUUUUCUUAGAUGGCUUGUAAAUAUUUGAAAUUACUAUUAAAUGUAUGUAGUGAUAAUUCCAA